AUGCAGCGAACAUCUACAAUUCAAUCAACAUCCACUGUUCAACCAGUGAUUCAAGUCGAAGAUACUGGCAAUGAAUCAGCUGUCUGGAUUGUCUUCCAUUAUGUAUUUCAAGGCAUUUUUCAUGUCUCGAAUGGUAGUAGCUAUACCUAUUCAGCCAUUGUUGCUGUGAUUGUUGUUCAUAUUGUGUUAAUCGCUUUUCUGUUUGCGGCUUUUCGAGAAGAGAUUCCGAGAAAGAAAAAGUCAACAGCAAAAGAUUCAACUGACAAACAAGACUAA